AUGUCGACCAGUAGUAUUCGUGAUUCUGAUGAGGAAUCGGCUAUAGAGAUCGAGAGGUUGGAAUCUACAUUACCAGAUCAUUUAAAGCGCUCGUCGUCGUCUUUAUUGGAGACUUUUCAGGCUACAAGCUUGAGUCUGCAACUGUCCAGGGACAAUAGAUUCAGUUCCAAUUGGAAUAUCGGAAAAGUGCCAUCUAGACCACCAUCUGUGACAAACCCAUAUAAUGGAAAUGGUAAAAACCACCCAGUGAAUAAGAUCUCAAAGCUUGAGAAUGCUAGAGAAUCAUCUCCAGUUCCUGUACCGCAGCCCAGAUUUGAUGAUGACAUCAACAAGCCGGCAAUGAAUACCAAACAGUCAUCUACUGGUGUCCUUUGGGUAACUGAGAGAGCUGGUGAGUAUGGUUUUAACGGACAGGAUUCUUGGGCGAAUUUGGGACAGGGUGCUCCAGAGCAUGGCGACACCAUUCCAGGUUCUUUUAAACGGCCAACUCUGGUUCCAGUACCAGAUUACUCUAAAGAAUAUGCCCCAACGGCUGGUAUUCGUGAAUUAAGAGAAGCAGUUGCAAACUACUAUAACGAAACAUACAGAGUAAAUAAAGAAUCCAAAUACACUUACAAGAAUGUUUGUAUAGUCCCAGGGGGAAGGGCUGGUUUAACGAGAAUUGCGUCUAUUAUAAGUGACUGCUACUUGUCAUUUUUCUUGCCUGAUUACACUGCGUAUGCAGAAAUGUUGUCGCUCUUUAAGAAUUUUUCUCCUAUUCCAGUGCCGUUGAAUGAGGCUGACAAUUAUUCUGUUCAUUUAGAAAUGAUUACCAAUGAGUUGAAAAGAGGUGUAAGUGCACUUUUGACCUCCAAUCCAAGAAAUCCGACUGGGAAAUGUAUGACUAGAGAGCAAUUGAAAACCUUGCAUACACUCUGCCGUGAUAAAUGUUUAUUGAUAAUGGAUGAAUUUUAUUCCCACUAUUAUUAUGAUGAUAAUUGUUCUGGAAGUUCAAUAUCCUCGGCCGAGUUUAUCGAAGAUGUGAAUCGAGAUCCCGUUUUGAUCUUGAACGGGUUAACAAAGGCAUUCAGAUUGCCAGGAUGGCGUGUGUGUUGGAUUUUGGGUCCUGAGGAUUAUGUGAACGCCUUAAGCAGUGCAGGGUCUUACAUUGAUGGUGGCUCGAAUGCACCCUUCCAGUAUGCAGCAGUGGAUUUUUUGCGCCCAUUAAAGGUAAAAGAAGAAAUGAGAGCCUUACAAGUUCAUUUCAAGAUGAAAAGAGACUAUAUAAUUAAGAGGUUGCUGAAGAUGGGGUUCAAGUUUGAUGAUAGCAAUAUUCCAAAUUCGACCUUUUAUUUGUGGUUGAAUCUUUCUCAUUUACCUGGAAAGCUUGCAAACUGCUUAGGUUUUUUUCAUGAGUGCUUGCAUGAGAAGGUGAUCGUAGUUCCUGGCUUUUUCUUCUUGAUCAAUCCUCAGAAUUUAUCAAGAUUGGAAGAUGUCAUAAACUAUCACUACGUAAGGAUAAGCUAUGGGCCCGAAAUCCAACAGCUUGUCAAAGGGAUGGACGGUAUCGAGCGAAUAUUGAAAAGGUUCAACUGUCUUCCAUACGAUAUAUAA